AGCACAGGGAGAGAGACCCUCUCCAUCGGCAUCGGCAGCGGUGGAGCCUCAACUUUGGUUGCCAAGAGAUCUGCUCUGCCCUGAAAGCCAGCCGGAUUCUUUGCCAGGGGGCUUCUGCACCAGGCUCGGUGGGGGGUGUGAGAUCUGAGAUCCACCCCUUGGGUUGACCUCCCGUUGCCGACACUCUUCCCGUCAUGCUGUUCAGGCUGGCCUCCCAAGGACCCUGGAGAAGCCUUCUCCUUCUGGGCUUGGUCUUGCUGCUGGACCCAGUGGGAGCCUGGUACAAGCACGUGGCCAGCCCGGGCUACCACACGGUGGGGCGGGCCUCUGGGCUCCUGAUGGGGGUCAGGCGCUCCCCGUACCUGUGGCGCCGGGCGCUGCUGCCAGGCGAGCCCAGAGGGGGUCUGGUGCACACGGUGGCCGCCUCCCUGCCUGCCAAGCAAGCAUCUCACUGGCGGAUGCUGCAGCAGGAGAUUGGAGCAGAGGAGCAACCCUGGACUGCUCUGGAGCAGGCUUGGCAGAGACCCUGGGAAGGCACCUCAGCCCCGAGGACACACUUGCACCAGGCCUCCUCCUCGGGGUCGAGCCAGGCCAGGAAGAGCCUCCUCUCCUCUCUCCGGCACCAAGGCACUGCCUGGACACCCCAGUGCCCACCGGCAUGCCGGGAGACCCCCUGGCCAAGAAGACGCGCCCCCUCGGACCCGGAGCUCCUGGACAGGGCCGUGCGGGAGGAGGAGCAGCAGCAGCGGCAGCAGCCGGGCACUGCCGAGGAGGCCAGUGUUUUAGGACCCGAAAUCUGACUGCGGACAGAGGGCACGUUGUCUGAAGAACGCCACUGGACUGAGGUGGAAGCCGGUUCCUGGAGCUGCGAACAGAAGCACUUCAGAGUGACAGACUCCUCUUUGAAACCAUGCAGGCAGCAUGCUGUGAUUGUACGGAUUCUCCACAGGCAACUCUGGGGUGCUCUUUGGGUCCUGGGAUCACGGCCACAGCCACCUCUCUGGUUUCCUUUUUCUGGCUGUCGGGAUAUGGGCAGGGAGUGCCGAUUCUUUUCUGGCCAGCUUCAUGCUCACAUCUUGGGGCAGGGAACCAAGCAAGGGGUGUGUUUAUGCUCAUUGAUGCGGCUUCUUAGCAAUAUAACGUGUACCCUCGUGUCAUUCUUUCUGGGAUGCCUGCACUCAUUAAAAACAAGAUUUAAUCCA